AUGCCACCAGCCAGAACAGUCGCAGGAGGCGAGAAGAAGAAGCGGGUUGGAAAAUGGGCACCCAUCCCUGGGGCUUCCAAAGGCAAAAAAGGCCUGGGAGCUAUUCCCGAAGACGAGGAAAUUAAAAUCACGGCAUCAGAUCAAGAAAGUGAGGCAACUCGUCGAGCAAAGGGGUCUAGGCCCGACCGGAACUACAGGAGCGGAAGAAAAAGACUCGCAGAGUCAAUAUUGACACCUUGGCGAAAACGGACUGCCAAAAACACGAUGAAAGAGACACCUGUCGUCAUUCGACGUAAUGAAUUGUACUCAGGCAAUCUUUCUUAUCUUCUCGAAGAUGGAGAUAUCCCGCCUGUUCACAUCGCAAAGUUCCCUAAUAUUAGGCCAUGGAGUACGACCCGCAUCAGAGUCAUAAGGCAAGACAGCUUUGACUGUGCAGUCACUCUUAUGAACUCACUUGAGAUUUUGAACAUCCCUCAGAUACAUCGCGUCUGUGUUCUGAAUUGCGCCGACCCCGAGCGGUCUGGCGGUGACUGGAAGGACGCAGCAACAGACCAAGAGGCGCAACUCUGCUACCGAAGCACACUUGCUCAAACACUUCUACCGGAAUAUUAUCCCCUCAAAGAGUCUUCCCCUCAGUGUGUCUACUCACCCAAUGUGUUUGUUUUCAAAGAAAAUGAAGAGCUGGAAUUCUUUCCGAUGUGGGUAGACUUACCUGACAGGCUUCCGAUGGUAGCCGUCGUCAGUAUGUCUGCCGACGAAAACCCACCAAUUGAUUAUACUGGCAGAGACUAUGGAAGAGAGAGUGAUCGAACUCUCAUGAUGAAACGCAUGCGUUUCAUGCUUCGUGUUGCCGCUGACACAUCCCAUCGUGUACUUGUCCUUAGGGACAUUGGAUCCGACUACGGCCACCCAAAUAUGGCGGUUGCAGACUGCUGGCUGAAGGUGCUGAAAGAAGAAGAGUUUAGAGGAUGGUUUAUCUUCGUUGUAUUUGCAUUGGGUCAUUUGAAAGAUCAUUACGACACCUUCAGACCGGUACUGCAUAAUGUUGAUAUCAGUUACCCCGAGUUUGAAGGCAUUAACGGAUAG